AUGUCAGUGCCCCCCAGAGUUGUCCACAAGAGGAGGGAGACGAUCACAGCCCUGCCUCUCUACUACUCCGGACACCUGCUGAAGAAACACAGUAAAGACAAGGAUUUCAAGAAAUACUAUGGAGAGCUCCGUGGGUGUUCGCUGUUUCUGUACAAGGAUGACACACAGGAUACCUAUACAGAGAAGUUGGACCUGGACCAGCUGAAGUCGAUGGAGUCAGACUCUCCAUAUCAGAAGAAGGAACCCACUGUGUUCACUCUCAGCCUCAGCACAGAGAAGGUGCAACUUAAGAAGGAGCUUCCCAGUAAGCUGCAGCUGAUGCCUGGCCAGGUGUUACAGCUGAAGGAGGUUCUCGCUCAGGAAAUAAAAAGAAAAUCCCCAUCGUCACGUCCACCGCUCCCACCUCGACCAGGUUUCCUCUCAGGCCCGCCAUCCAAAGACAAACUGAGCUCUGAGAUUGCUGAGUGUUUCUUUGAUGUGACUCGAAAGGAGGCUGAGAAGAUGCUAGAGGAAAACCCAGAGUGUGGAAGCAUCAUCCUUCGCCCGUCCACCAUGCCCAACAACUACGCCUUGACCCUCAGACAAGUGUCAUCCAGCGGGCCUGUAAUGAAGAAUUACAGAGUGACCCAAAUAAACGCCGGAUUUGUGAUUGAACUGGAGACACCAGUGACCGUCAGCUCCCUGAAGGAUGUUCUAAAAUACUUCAUUGAAAAAACUGAGUAUCGGCUUUGUCCUUUCAUUCCAUCUCAGCCCUAUGACACUUUGAUCGAGGCGUCACCAGCUCCCAAGUGCCUCAACACAACCGCACGUGCACCUAAACCACUACCAAAGGCACAAGUGCCCCCUAUGCUGCGGUCACGGACCAAAGAGGAGAUUCUGCCAAACAAGCCUGAUGAGGGAGAAUAUGUCAUUCCUGAUGAUCCCAAUGACUCCAGCCUGAAUCUAGCUCAGUUGGAUGAUGAGCUCAGGAGAGCCCUAAAACAACGGAGAGAAAACAUCUAUGUUUCGACUGAUGAGAAAGUCUCCCCCUAUGAAACAAAACUGAAUGGAAAAACAACAAUCUAA